AAAUAAUAAUAAUAAAAGAUCGAAUAAUCUGCCCUUUAUUUUUUUCUUAUAUUUUUCUAAAAAAAAACAAAACCAAAAAAAAAAAAUUUGCUCUUUUCUUUCUCUUUUAUAACAUGUCAACAAAUACAACAGAGUUACCAAAUAUAGGUUCAGUGACAGCAUAUAAUAUUAACGAUGGUGACACUGGUUGGGUUAUGAUUUGUUCAGCACUUGUCUUUUUAAUGUCACCUGCUCUAGGUUUUUUUUAUGCAGGUCUUGCAAGAGCAAAAAACGCUUUAUCUUUAAUGUAUUUAACAGUUAUGUCAGUAGCUAUCGUUUCCUUUCAGUGGUAUUUAAUUGGAUACUCGCUUACAUUUUCUAAUACUGGAACACCUUUUAUUGGAGAUUCAAAGCAUUUCUUGUUAAGAGGUGUAGGAAAAGCACCUCAUUUAACUGGAGAAACAAUUCCCGCAUCCGCAUUCAUGUUGUUUCAAUGCAUGUUUGCCGCUAUCACACCAGCAUUGGCAUUUGGAUCUGCCGCGGAACGUAUGUCGCUAGGUCCUGCUACUUUAUUUAUUUUUCUUUGGACAACUUUAGUUUAUGAUAUUAUUACAAAUUGGGUUUGGAGCAGUACAGGCUGGCUUUACAAAUUAGGUGUGAUGGAUUAUGCAGGUGGAACUCCUGUUCAUAUUUCUAGUGGUUUAGCAGCAGUCGCUUAUGCUAUGGUUGUUGGUAAACGUAGAGACUAUAAUGAAAAUGUGAAUACACCCCACAAUGUAUCCUUUGUGUUCUUAGGCUUAGCUCUUAUGUGGUUUGGCUGGUUGGGAUUUAAUGCCGGUAGUGCUUUAGCCGCUAAUGCCCGUAGUGUUCAUUCCCUCAUUUGUACUCACCUUUCAGCCUGUACAGCUGCUAUAGUCUGGGUCCUAAUGGAUUAUCAACAUACUCGUAAAUGGAGUAUUAUUGGUCUUUGUACAGGUGCCGUUGCUGGUCUUGCUACGAUUACUCCUGGUUCAGGCUUUGUCUCUCAAAGCAGUUCUCUUGCCUUUGGAGCCUUUGGAUCCAUUAUCUCGAACAUUAUCAUUCGUUACAAACAUCGUCUAGGAUUUGAUGAUGCUCUUGAUGUCUUUGCUGUUCAUUACAUUGGAGGACUUGUGGGGCUUGUGUUAACCGGUAUCUUUGCCCAACGAUGGGUGAUUGCACUUAGUUAUCCUGAUAAUACGCCACUCGAUUCUAUACCACUUGGUGGCUGGCUAGAUGGUAAUUGGAUUCAAGUACCUGUCCAGCUAGCUGCUAUUGCCAGUGUAUCUGCGUGGUCCUUUGUGAUAACGUAUAUUAUCUUGGUCGUCUUGAACAAGUUCCCCUUCUUGAAAUUAAGAUUAGCAGAUGAAGAUGAAAUUAUUGGUACUGAUUGGGCUGAGAUGGGUGAGCGUGCCUAUGGCUAUUUACCAAUGGAUGAAGAGCAGGCUCGUAUCCAACAAAUGGAGGAAGAAAACAGAUGUCGUUUAGAAGAAGCUGAAGAGGCUGCGAUAGAGCAUGGUCGUGAAGUCAAUUUAGAUGAGCAUGUAAAUGGCACUUUAAAUAGACAAGUCCGCAAUCCUAGUGGAAUUGAUUUACAUCUUCAUACUGUACCUUCAAGUACAUCCACUGCACGACGUAUUGGUGGUGGCUUUAACUUGCGUCACUUAAUAAUGGCUAGAAAGAAAUCAAAGAGGACUCAUAAUGCAUCCGUUGGCGGUGCGUUUAGUAUGGAAGAACCUGUUAUAUUAAAUUAUGGACAAAAUGAAAAAGAAAUGGGUGGAAGCUUGUCAAAGGAAUUAGAUGCUGCCACUCGUCCUCCAACAGAAAAAUUACAUCAGACUCAAUCACAUCAGUCAAGUGCGCAUGAAUUACAAGAUAUAACGCAUCAGUCUACACCGAAUUUCUUUUAUUAUGAUCUAGAUGAAGCUGGACCAAGUACUACGGCUACAAAUAGCGGACAAAAUACACCCACUAAUAUCGAGGAUUUAGAGGAAAAAAAAACAUAUAAAUAAGAAUAGUAAUAAUAGUACUAAUAAAUAAAUAUAUGCAAUAAUUAUAUACAUACAAUAUAUAUAUAUGUAUAAAG